GAAGAAAACGGCGCUGGAGAUGAUUGGAGAGGAGGAGAGCUAUCGACAGAUGUGGAAACGGAGCGAGCGGAAGCGAGAGGAGAUGGAGAAGCGCGUGGAGGAGCUGGUGGAGGCGAAUCGGGGGCUGAAAAUCGCGGGGAUGCGCGAUCGACGUCGAUUUGAGGAACGGUUGCUGUCGACGAAGGACGAGGACGAGAGAGAAGUGGUGAACGCGAUGCAGGAAGAGAUGAGGCGGUAUAAGGCGGAACUGAUGUGUCCGCUGUGCAAAGUCCGGCCGAAGGAAUGUAUUUUAGCGAGGUGCCAGCAUAUUUUCUGCAGAGAGUGCAUCGAUGAGAGAAUCAAUAAGCGAGAACGGAAAUGCCCGCGGUGCUUGAUUCCCUUCGGGGUGGAUGAUGCCAAGAGGGUCUGGGUCAUUAACGAUUCGCAGCUGUUUGAGGAGUUGAAGGAGGAAUCGAAGAAUAAAUGGAGUGUUUGUUUCAACUACCUUUGCUUUUGUCAAUCAGGCAUUCAUUGCUCGUGGAUCAGCAUGGAGGAGGUUCGUGAGAGAUUGUUGCAGCGAAUUGGGGGGAUGGAUGAUAUUGUUGACUUGAUUCUGGAGAGAUUCAAGCAGGACGCAGAUCCCAAGCCGUCGCGAUUUGACCUGUGUGGCUAA